AUUUAGUCCCCGGAAACAGCGGCGGAGUGACAGCUCUGUCUGGGGAAACUUCCACUCCAGGCUGCGUGAACAUCCACUGUCUGUGUUUCCGAAGAAGCAGACACCUUUAUUCCAGUUAAAUCUGAUGCUGCUGGCCUGACUGCAGCCUGCGGUGGAUUCCGGAGGCAGAUUUUCAGCCUUGAAGGAGCUCCAGCCAGUUUCCUGCUCGGAUCCCGAGUGGCCCAAAAAAAGUGAGCAGUCUGCCGCGGUCGUCUGCUCAUCAUUCAGAAGCUGUGCCGUCUGGAAGAGACAGCAGGCGUUGGAAUGAACAGGUCCAGGUCCAGCUUUGAUAAAAAAGCCGCCCAGCCUCCAGUCACCAGGUUAACUCGCAGCUCCCAGGUCAGACACAGCAGCCCUGCAGAGCCUCACGACUCUGGACUGGGACCGUAUGGGAAACAACGGAGGAAGCAAACGGACUCCGCUCUGGCUCAGAACCUCAGCCAGAUGAGUGUGAGCAGACAGGAGAUUCUACCUACCAGUAAAGGAAAGAUGUCCAAAGGCAGCAGGGAUUCUGUGCAGGCGGGUCGGUCCUCCGGCUCCACAUCUGAUCCAUCUUCAGUUCCUGUCAAGCCUUUGUCCCGCGGCGGUCUGGCCUCUGUGGCUCGGCUGGUGAAGCUGGGCCGCUGUAAGAACGUGGUGGUGGUGGCCGGAGCAGGAAUCAGCACCGCCAGCGGCAUCCCAGACUUCAGGACUCCAGGAACUGGUCUUUAUGCUAACCUGGAGAAGUACAACAUCCCGUAUCCAGAGGCCAUUUUCAACAUCGACUACUUCUCCAACGACCCACAGCCGUUCUUCUCCUUGGCCAAAGCUCUGUAUCCCGGCAGCCACCGUCCAAACUACAUCCACUACUUCAUCCGCAUGCUUCACCACAAAAGCCUGCUGCUGCGAAUGUACACCCAGAACAUCGACGGACUGGAGAAAGUGUGUGGCAUCCCAGAUGACAAACUUGUGGAAGCUCAUGGAAGUUUUGCCACAGCUUCCUGUCACCUUUGCUACACUUCGUACCCGGCUGAGGAGGCUAAGUACGCCAUAAUGAACGACAACGUCCCCAUCUGCACAUUCUGUGCUGCAACAGUCAAACCUGAUGUGGUGUUUUUUGGAGAGGACCUCCCUCAGAAGUACUUCCUCCACACUGAAGACUUCCCAAAAGCAGACCUGCUGAUCAUUAUGGGCACGUCUUUACAGAUCGAGCCUUUUGCCAGCCUGGUGAACACAGUCCGCUCCACUGUUCCUCGUCUCCUCCUGAACCGACACGCUGUGGGUCCCUUUGAGAAGGUCCCACUACGGAGAGGAGACCACAUGGAGCUGGGCGACCUGGAGGACACGGUCCGGAGGUUCGCCGAAAUGCUCGGCUGGAACGGCGAGAUCGAAGAGCUGAUGAGGAGUCAGGAAACACUGGUGGGUUCUAAUAGCAUCCCAGCGUCACAGAGCAGAGCAGCAUCGGAGCCUCAAGGCAGGACGGAGACAUCCAGGUCCAGACCAGGAGCAGCUGGCAGCGGCAGCGAGGAGACGGACUCAGAAACAGACAGCAAAAGCUCUGCUUCCUCCAACUGAUGCUGGUUCAGGAUGUUUCCUCUCUAGUUCACACUAAGACUGUUCUGUAAACGAUGCACACUUUGGAUCUCCUAUCAGGUUACUGUAAGAGUCGGAGCACGUGAUGUUUAUGUUAUGUUUAUAUGUACAAAUCAAAAAGUUUAUCAAGUUCAACAAAACAUCCGUUAUGAACGCUAGUAAAUGUUGGAGCCCUGUAACAAAAUGUAAAUGUUUCUUCAGGUGUUUUUUUUAAUGUUGGAGUUUCAGAAUCUUGUUAAUGUUUUCUAUCAGCACAACACUGUAUUUUAAACAAUAUUUAAUAAAGGUAUCAUGUAAUUUCCAGCUUUUCUUUACUUUCUAAGGUUCAUAUGUCAAAUAAAACAAUUAUUCUUA